AUGGUUGUCGAUUCAACAGCUAGGAUGAGUAAGUUUGUUUUUGGUGUGUCCGAAAUGGUGGUUAAAGAUUGUCGUACUGCCAUGCUCAUUAGUGACAUGGACAUCUCUAGUCUCAUUGUUCAUACACAACAAAUUGAGGAGCACAAACUUAAGAAAAAGUCUAGAGAGGCAAAGAGGGCUAAUACCGGUGAUGGUAAUUUCUCUCAUGCAAGGUCCGAUAGACAUAGUCGUCUUAGAUUUCAACAAAAGUUUUCUUCUCAAGGAUCCUCCAAUUCAUUGCCCAUGUCUACUUGUACUUGGUGUGGAAGAAAGCACGAGGGUAAGUGCCUAGCCGGCAUGGAUGGUUUCUUUAGUUGUGGUAAAAGUGGUCACAAAAUGAGGGAUUGUCCAAUCUUUGCGACUAAAGGAAAAGAGCGCAGGCGAGCUCCUACUAGUGUUUCGGGUCGCAAUACUCCUAAGCCUGUCACGCCUUAG